AUGAACCUGGCCACUAUGCUGGAUCCAACCUACCGGCCUCUUCCCGACGCCUCUCAUGCCAGAGAUAUUGCUCCUGAGCUUGCCUCACCGAUCUCGACUGCUGCAACAGCAAGUCCUGUUAUUACAACAGCAAAUAUCCAGCAGUCCCUGCAACUCCAUACUACUGGUUAUGGCCACAUAGAUGAAGCCAGG